AAUGAACGAGCACUAUAAAAGAAAGGUGGAUGUAAAGAAAAAUCAUUAGUUAAAGAGGAUAUUACGGACAACAUGUUGAAACAGCUCUUGCUUACCGUUGGACUAGUAUGGUGCCUAGUGGCGUUAGUCCAGGCAGGAGAGCCAAAAACUGUAGAGGAAUGUGAGAAGAAUAUUCCUGCUUCUUUGAAGGGUCGCAUCUGCGAACUGCGUCAGUACACACCCGACGCCAGCCCAGACAUGGACAAGCAUAUGCAGUGCGUGUUGCGUGUCGUAGGAUUCGUCGAUCGAAACGGAGAAGUUGAGUUCCAAGAGCUGUUGGGAUUGCUAACAAUCGCUGAACCGCAAGGAAAACAUGUAGAAAACAUAAAGAAGUGCGUAGCAGAAUCGGCAAAGGUGGAUGCCAGCAAGAAAGCCAACACUUUUUACACUUGCUUCUUGAACACGGAUUCUGUCGACGCUUUCAAGAUGUCGGUUGACUUUGUGGAACUGAUUCGGGCUGGUAAGCUAAAGCCAAGCUCCCCAUUCAACGCCGGGCAGGUCAAGACGCUUAUCAAGGAGAUCGAUGAUGGUUUGUGCAACUGAAAAGUAACAGCUGACCCACUAAAUGUGCUGCGGCAUAUUUGAUUUGCAUAUCAAAAAUAAACCUUCUAAUCUCA